GGAUUCCCCAAGUCAACUAUCCUCAACUUCAAGAUGCCUGAUUACUAUACUAUAUAAAUGUGUAAAUCACUAGUACCAAUCAUCAUCAUCACAUCCUCAUGUAACAAAAAGGCAAGGACUACAGUUGAUUGAGUUCUAAAACAGGUUGGCCAGAAGCCUAAGACCACAGUCACAGUGAGAGAUGGACCAUGAAGCACCAGCCACACCAGGGACCCCAGGGACUCCAGGGACACCAGGUGCACCACUCUUUGGUGGAUUCAAGCCAGAUAGGAGCCAUGGAACCCAUGCCUUCAGAAAAUCUCUUCUCAAUAGCUUCAAGUGUUUCAAUGUUGAAACCUUGGCCACAGAAGAAGGCACUCUACCUACUGUCACUUGUUACUUACCCCCUCCCCCCAUCUCUCUAGCAAGAAAGGUUGGAGCAGAGUUCAUAGGGACCAUGAUACUGAUUUUUGCAGGGACAGCUACAGCCAUAGUGAACCAACAGACCCAAGGGUCUGAGACUCUGAUUGGGCUAGCCGGCUCCUCUGGACUUGCGGUCAUGAUUGUCAUACUAUCUACUGGUCAUAUCUCAGGAGCCCACCUCAAUCCAUCCAUCACUAUAGCUUUUGCAGCCCUCAAGCAUUUCCCAUGGAAGCAUGUGCCGGUGUACAUAGGGGCACAGGUGUUGGCUUCAAUUUGUGCAGCUUUUACGUUGAAGGCGGUAUUCCAUCCAAUGAUGGGAGGGGGCGUGACGGUACCUUCAGUAAACUAUGUACAAGCUUAUGCUUUAGAGUUCAUUAUCACCUUCAACCUCAUGUUUGUGGUCACUGCUGUUGCCACCGACACUAGAGCUGUUGGCGAACUGGCGGGAAUAGCUGUGGGAGCAACUGUCAUGCUCAAUAUUCUCAUAGCUGGGCCACUCACAGGAGCCUCAAUGAAUCCAGUAAGAACUCUGGGACCAGCCAUGGCUGCAAACAACUUCAAAGGCAUCUGGAUUUACCUUACUGCUCCCAUCCUUGGUGCACUAGCUGGUGCAGGUAUUUACACAGCAGUGAAGCUGCCUGAGGAAGAUGGCAGUGAUCCUAAUAAGCCUCCACAACAUAGCUUCAGAAGAUGAUCAAGAACCCAUGUCAAACCACCACUGGCCGCCACUGCCAUGCCUACACCGAUAAGACCACAUAAUCACCAUUGAAGUCCCAGCAAAUGCAAUAUCAGAUACAACUGGGAUAUGGAAAUCUGAUGGGUACAUAUCAUUUAUACUAAUACAUGGAAUAGUUGUAUCUAGAGUCUUGACAAUGGCAUAAAUUAAUGAUAGAACUUCAUGUGAAAGGUGAUUUAGGGUUUCCAUCUUUGGCAUAAUAAGGAAUUAAGUUAUAAUGUUUGUGA